AUGGCGUCGAUUCGGCCAGCAACCCACGGCGGUAGUUGGUAUUCCGCUAACAAGCGCCAAUUACAGACCCAGAUUGAAAAUUGGUUCAAUACUGUCGAUUCGCCUCGCUUUGGACGCUUUGGCGUAGGCCCACAUGCUGGCUAUACCUACUGCGGUGCCACCUUAGCGCAUACCUAUAAAUGUCUGGAUCCGAACAUUACGACAGUUUUUGUGAUGGGUCCUUCCCAUUGUCAAUAUUUCAAGGGCGUGCGAACGUCCAAAUACGCUGGAUAUGAGACUCCGUUAGGUACGGUGGCAGUGGACACCCAAAUCACUCGGAAACUCAAUAGUCAAGGGGUUGACUAUCUGGAUAUAGACACUGACGACGAAGAGCACUCGUUGGAAAUGCAUCUGCCAAUGUUAAAAUACACCAAUUCAAAAGCAACUUUUGUUCCACUAGUGUUUGGCGACCUUUCGUCUGCCGCCGAACAGGACUUUGUCCAAUUACUCACCCCCUAUUUCGAUAAUCCGCAAAUUGCUUUUAUCGUCAGCUCAGAUUUCUGUCAUUGGGGCUCCAGGUUCGGUUAUACCCGCUAUAGCCCUGCUGGUACCGACCAUUUAGCGCCUGUCAAGCAGCACCCGUCUCCUCUGGGUCGACCGAUCUGGGAAAGCAUCCGUGAUUUGGACCAAGAGGGCAUGAAAAUUGCAUCAACCGGCAACGCGGACAGUUGGAAUAAAUAUAUUCAGGAGACCGGCAACACAGUGUGUGGGCACCGGCCGCUUAGUGUGUUGGUACGUCUCGCUGAGACUUGUAAUAGUCAAAUCCACUUUGAGUGGCUUCAUUAUGCUCAAAGCUCUCAUGUAAGUAGUCGGCAUGAUAGCUCCGUCAGUUAUGCUGCUGCAAUCGCCUAA